UAUUAUCCAAUUGGAUCUCGCUAGCUCGUGCUUGGCUCCGCUCAACUCCUUUCAUAGGUUCUCCCAAACCGGCUUCAAUAGCCUUUCAUUGGCAACGACAGUGUGUGUAUAUCUUGGUAAAAUCGUAUACUUUUCUAUUACUUCCUUUUCCACAUAGCACAUCUAGACUUUAAACAUGGAAUGAUAGCUGAGAAACUUAAGUUACUUCACCACACCCAGUCUUACGGCAAGAAUCGUGACGCUUGUUCUAAAACAACUGUCGGUUGAUCAGCGAUCGAUUUAGCCUUACACCUGGAAGGUUUGUGCUCCUAAAAGAGCAGCUAUGUCCGAAAACUGCGGCUCCGCGAUCAGCUUGCUGUCAUACGAGACUCUGGUACAUGCAAUGGCAGGUGCCGUGGGUAGUAUGACAGCGAUGUCCGUAUUUUUUCCCUUGGAUACAGCCAGAAUAAGACUUCAAGUGGAUGAGAGUCGGAAGUCCAGAUCCACUGCCAUUCUUCUGACUGAAAUAGCGAAGGAAGAAGGCCUUGUGUCUCUGUACAGAGGUUGGUUCCCAGUCAUCUCCAGUCUGUGCUGUUCCAACUUUGUCUACUUCUAUACAUUCAACACACUGAAGAAAGUAAUGGUGUCCAACAAUGGUCAGUCCAGACCAGGCACAGACCUGCUCAUGGGAUUCAUCUCAGGCGCAGUGAACGUGAUCCUGACCACCCCCAUGUGGGUGGUCAACACCCGUCUCAAGCUGCAGGGGGCAAAGUUCAGAAACAAAGACCUCCAGCAGACCCACUACAGAGGCAUUUUUGAUGCUUUCUCCCAGAUCAUUGCCAGUGAGGGUGUGGGGACUCUGUGGAACGGAACACUGGCCUCUUUAGUGCUCGUGUUUAACCCUGCAGUCCAUUUCAUGUUCUACGAAGCCAUGAAGAGGAGAGCAGGCCGGGGAGGGAGGAAGAUUACAUCUGCGGAGAUCUUUCUCAUUGGAGCUGUGGCCAAGGCCAUUGCUGCCACCGCGACUUAUCCCCUGCAGACUGUCCAGGCCAUUCUAAGGUUCGGGCAGCACAAAGCUGAGGGCAAGGGAGGUCUACUGGGAAGCCUCCAAAAAGUAGUCUACCUACUAAUGGACAGAAUGAAGAAGCACGGUGCUUUGAGCUUAUACAAAGGCCUGGAGGCCAAACUCCUCCAGACGGUUUUAACAGCAGCCCUCAUGUUUGUGGUGUAUGAGAAGAUCACUGCAGCCACCUUUAAAAUCAUGGGCAUCAACAAGAAACAAAAGCACUGAGCUGUGAGCUUUAACACUUAGACUUCAGCCUUCACUAGCUGUACAACCGGGUCACCAUCAACCCUGGUCCUGGAGAGGAGCUUACAAGAUGUGAAGGGGUUUGUUCCUGACCAGCA